AUGGUAGCCAAUCAGCUUCUAAUUUCAGCUUUUUCAGUUAGGUUUAGACAAAACAAACUGGAAGCUCAUUAGUUUCUAUGCAGAGUUGGAACAGAUUUAGCACUCUCCAGUUUUAAUAAAUCAACCCCACAAUGUGUUAACCUCCCUGACGGUAUUCCCGAGUGUAGCUCGGGGUAACAUUUCAGUACCAAAAGCGGUAACCCCGAGCUACACUCGGGCUUACCAUGCGGCGCUGCUCCGGCAAGUGUUCUUCACUUACCUUACCCUGCGCUCCCGCGAUGUGUCCCCUGCAGCGUCCCCGGCCAUCUCCUCCGGCCGAUGCCGGCAUCCGGCUUCUGUGUCCUGUCCCUGUGACGUCGGGACGUACGGGCGCCACCGCCGCCGCCGGCGGGAAAUUUAAAAAUUUUAAAAAAUGUCAU